GGGAGUGGCAAUGCCCGCCACUCAGUACCGCCCCCCUUAGCCGCCGUGGAACCUCAGUCAGUUUAGCGCGCGCUCGAGUGAAAUUUCAAGUGUGGAGUGUGAGUGCGCGCACGGUGUGUUUACCGCUGUCUGCACCGAGGGUGUGGGUUACCAGCCCCCGGGCAGGCGGGCAAUAUUCACACAGCAACAGCAGCAGCGAGAGCCGGCAGCUCCGAGAGCAGUUUCAGCUUUGAUCAUGACAACCAAAGGUGGAUCUCUAACUGAAGUUAAGGAAGAGCCAGAACAAAUUGAAGAGGAUCAUUUUGAAGCUUCAGAUUCUCAAGAACCUGUCAACGUAAAUCAAGAACAAGAGAAUGAUGUCAAAGAUGAUGGACAGCCAGAAUCCAUAGAGCAACCUCUGAAAGAACAGGAAAUAAAUUCUCCAGCUCCAAAUGCAAGUGCCCAAGCUAGUCCUUCUGGCAGUGAAAGAAAGGAGCAGACAGCUGGUAAAGGGCUGUCACGUUUUUUACCUGGAUGGCUUAAAAAGCAAAAAUCACUAUCCCCACUAGAAACCACAGAAGACAAGGAAUCUGAGAAGGACAUACCUCAAGCUGAGGAUAUGCACCCAGUUGAGGAAGAACAGCCAGAGCCAGUAUGCACUUCAUCAGAGCUUGAAGUAAAGAAAGAGGAGAAGGUGGAUGAAGAGACUAAGAUUGAAGAAAGAGUGGAGCAGCUUUCAGUGAACAGUGGAGAGUUACAGCCAGUUGAAGAGGAGAAGAUUGUAGAAUCGUUGGAAAAAGAUGCUGGUAUGAAUAAUGCAGAUUUGAUAACAGAGGACAAAAAGGAGGAAAGUAACAAAGGUGAAGACCCUCAGAAAGCUGAAGAUACAAGCAAAAGGUCCCCUCUGAAAAUUCCCAAAAAAAUCAAGGUUGUGCAAAGCAAAGUCCUUAUGUUGGAUGGUUCAGAAUCCAGCUAUGAAAUUGAGAAACGUGCCAAAGGCCAGGUACUAUUUGACAAGGUGUGUGAGCAGAUCAACCUGUUGGAAAGGGAUUAUUUUGGGCUUACGUUUCGGGAUGCUGCAGAUGAAAAGAAUUGGUUGGACCCAGCAAAAGAAAUCAAGAAGCAAAUUCGAAAUUGUCCUUGGCAAUUUUCCUUUAAUGUAAAAUUCUAUCCUCCUGAUCCUUCACAAUUAACUGAAGACAUCACAAGAUAUUACUUAUGCCUUCAACUCCGUCAAGAUAUCGUAAGCGGUCGUUUGCCAUGCUCUUUCGUCACUCAUGCCCUUCUUGGUUCUUGCACAUUGCAAGCGGAACUCGGGGAUUAUGAUGCAGAUGAACAUAAAACAGAUUAUGUGUCAGAAUUACAGUUUGCACCACGCCAGACAAAGGAAUUGGAAGAGAAAAUCUGUGAACUGCACAAAACACACAGGGGUUUAACUCCAGCCCAGGCUGAUGCUCAAUUUCUGGAAAAUGCCAAGAUGCUUUCCAUGUAUGGUGUUGACUUGCAUCAUGCUAAGGAUUCUGAAGGAGUGGAUAUUAUGUUGGGCAUAUGUGCAAAUGGGCUGCUCAUCUACAAGGAUCGUCUCCGAAUUAACCGUUUUGCUUGGCCAAAAAUUCUUAAAAUUUCCUAUAAACGAAGCAAUUUUUAUAUUAAAAUUCGACCUGGAGAGACAGAACAGUUUGAAAGUACAAUUGGUUUCAAGUUGCCUAAUCACCGAGCAGCAAAGCGAUUGUGGAAGGUUUGUGUGGAGCAUCAUACUUUCUUCAGGCUGCUAUCCCCUGAACAAACUCCAAAAAGUAAAUUCUUGACUUUAGGCUCAAAGUUUCGUUACAGUGGUCGCACACAGGCUCAAACACGGGAGGCCAGUACACUCAUCGAUAGACCUGCACCUUAUUUUGAGCGUACUUCAAGUAAGCGACUGUCCAGAAGUCUUGAUGGAGGCCCAGUAGAUGGCAUUAAUGAAGUGGGGCUGUUGCAAGAUUCAUCUUCUCUAGAUGUUCCUCAGAGUUCAACAGCAGAGGUGACUGCCACCAAAGUUGGUGUCAUUAAAGUAGGAGCAACUGAUGAAAAGAUAGAAGUAAAAAGCAAAACUACUCCUUCAAAAGAAUCACAACUAGAAAUGCCAAUGGAAAUGAAGUUCCAUAACACACAUCCCCCAUCUCCUACCUGUUCUAGUUAUUCUCCCUCUCUAAGUCUCUUUCCUAUUCCUGAGACAGAUUUUCUCUCUGAUAUUUCAGAGGAUAGUGCUUUUUCAGCUGGUGAAUUAGACAAAGAAUGUGUGUUUGAAACUCUUUCUUCCGAUCCUAGUCCACAUGUAACGACUCCAGAGCACGAAGCAGCAUUAUUAACUAAGCCUCUUCAACCUGAUCCUGUAUUAACCACAACUGUUCAAUGUAAUUAUUUUGUACAACAGGAUCUGAAGGAAAUAGAAAUUGGCUCUAAUCCUGUAAGAAAGACAUUGACGUUCGCAUUUUUAAAUCUUUACAAGUGUUUUCCUCCCAAAUUACCUUCGUUGCUUGAUGAGGAUGGAUAUAUAAGCUUUCCCAGCCUUCCUGAUGACUGUUCAGCUUUGAUUCCACCAAGCUUUCAAAAGUACAUUCCUAUUACGUCUCCAUCACUCAUUCCAUCUAUCAUCAUUAUCUUUGUGUUGCUUUUGUCUGCAUCCCAGUCUGUCCCUUUCUCACUCACCCUUUCCCUUCCUCUUGCUCUGUCUCUCUGCUACCUGGAGCCUAAGGCGACAACAUUAUAUGCCUCUUAUGACAAUGACCUGAAUGAGAAAGCAGAGGAAGAGGAGUUGGAGCAACAAGAAGAAAAAAUGCAGCCACAAAAGGACCUUGAUAAGACGCAGGAGGAUCUAUUGAAACAUCAAGCUAGCAUUAGCGAGCUAAAACGCAGUUUCAUGGAAUCCACACCUGAACCGCGUCCAAAUGAAUGGGAAAAUCGACUAACCAAACCCUUAUCACUGCAAACAGAAGGGAGCUUAGAAGAGGAGAUAACAUCGCUUUUACUUAGUAAAGAGAGCUUCUCACCAGGCUUGAUGACUUCCUUCUCGUCUGCUAUUUCUCAGGCAUCAGAGGGUGAUGGGUUCAAAGAAAAAGCUGCUGCUGAAUCUGUUUCUCUCAUAUGCUCCAAGCAGUUGUCUGAGGAUCAUGUUUCAAGAGCAGAAGGGUCUCCAGCAGGGGCCGGAGAUAUUGGCAAGAGCUCAGAUGAGAAACAGAAAUCCGAGACGGAGGAGCAGGCAGAGGUUGUAGUGGAAGAAACAAAAGUGAUUGAAGAGGUAAAGAGAGCACCCAGCCAUUCAAAAGUAAAACUUGAAAAAGCUGUUGAAAGCAGCACAGUUGUACCCGCCUCUAAAGUGUCAUCAAAAGAGGGUCAUGCCUCAUCCUCCGAUAGCCAUAGUGAGAGUGAGGAAGAGGCAGAGUACCACCCACAGAUCAAGGAAGGAGAAAAUAUAAAGAGAGAAAAAAAUGAAUUUAAGACAUUUACUACAGUAGGAAUGGAGUCCAAGGUUUCGGUAACAGAAUUUGACAAAGUACGUUUUCCUAUGGUACAUAAAAUGCAGGAUGUCCUGGAAGAAAGUUUGCAAGAAUUGCAGAAUGGAGAGCUUCAGGAAGCAAAGCAAAAGCAAGAAGACACAAGACCCAAACUAAAUGGAGAUGUUUCCUAUGUUGAUAGUGAUGCUGUGCCACAAGUUGUGUGUUGCUCAGAGCCUCCUGUGGUAAAGACAGAAAUGGUGACAAUCUCUGAUACAGUGAGCCCUGACAAGACUGAAAUUGCAACAAAAGAAGUUCCAAUUGUUCAAACAGAGACUAAAACUAUUACAUAUGAAGCUGCCCAGGGUGAUGGCAGUGGAGACAAUGAUCCUGGUGUCCUGAUGAGUGCUCAGACUAUAACUUCUGAAUCUAUUUGUACAACAAUGACAACCCAGAUUACCAAGACUGUGAAAGGUGGAGUCUCUGAAACAAGAAUUGAAAAGCGAAUUGUUAUCACAGGGGAUACAGACAUUGACCAUGAUCAGGCCUUGGCCCAGGCAAUAAAAGAAGCCAAAGAGCAGCAUCCAGACAUGUCAGUCACCAGGGUAGUGGUACAUAAAGAAACAGAGCUCACUGAGGAUGGGGAUGAAUGAGUUAAGAAAUGAAUAUUGCCUGAAAUCAAAUGACGAUCUUUACUACCAGAGUGACCACUGCCAUGAACAAAAUGUCCUCUGAGCAUUAGCAAAUAGCAUCCUCCAUAAAAGUCGCACAUUGUGUGAAUAUUGGAAGAUGCCAGCAGCCUUCUAAAAAGCAUAAUUGGAGUUAGUUAUUUAAAAUCAUUAGUCUGUAAUUUGAUCAUUUACUCUUUAGUAAUUUGAUGGCUUAUUAACGUAUCACUUCUAUAUACCAUUAGAAUUUAAUAACUGCAAGUAAAUAAUACAAAAAUGGCUAAAAGUAGAUAUCUUUUUAGAUGAGUUUUGUACAGGAUGUCAUGAUUAACUUAGUAAGUGGUUCACUUUCAAAUAAAUGAAUAAGUAUGUGUAAUCCUGUUGCAGAAGCAUUUUUAGCAUGAUCAAGUAGUUACCAAAUAUUGUGGAAAAGAGAAAUAUGGAAAGACUUUGUUCAAACUUUUCCGGUGUCACUUCAAACUCUUAACAUGUCAGUUCAAAAUAAUUACGUGUGUUUAUAAAGAAUCUCCUAGCCUACCUAUUACUGAAAAAAAGAAUAAAGAGGACCUAAUGCUAAAUAAAACAUCAUUCCAUUUUUUAAAAAAUCACUAUAUUGCAUUUACUAUAUAAUAUUUUUUUAAGUCAUCCAUGAAACUGGGAGAUCCAUAUUGAAAAGGGGUACUUUUCUAAUUACUUAUCAGUUCUAUAACAUAACUUGGUUGGCAGCUUAAAAUUUAAUGCUUUUAAAUCAUUUUUCCUUAAAUGGAAAAAAAAUCACUAUAUUAAAUACAUUUCUAUAAAUUCUUUUUCAUUCUGGAUCUUGAUGUGAAAACAUGAUCUUUAUAGUUAAUGGGCAAAUUGUAUUGCAUUUUGAAUGGCUUUGUCUAAUGUUUGAGGAAGGUUUUGGAAAAAAAAUCUGUUUAAUAUUUGAUCUUUUCUGUAGAUAUUGCAGAAUUUUUUGUUCAGCAUUUGUUUGAAAACUGUACUAAAUCUUGACUGUCAAUUGCUUUUGACCGAUGCAUAGAGAUAAGCAAGCAAAAUAAUAUUUUAGCAGCUUCAAAGUUGUGUUGAAUGAUAUUCUUGCUCCAUGUAAUGCUGUUGAAAAUAAAUUUCGCUUAAAAAUGA